AUGGUCUGUAAUACAACAGUAGCUAGUAAUUAAAAUGCAGAUGACUCUGCCUAUGAAUAGAUCCUAGCUACGUUAUACAACAUUAAGACAAACCACAGUACUGUCUGCCAAAGAGACGGAUAGAAGAAGCCACAUCCUCCUCUUGAAGUUGCUCGUUCUAAAUUUGUCACCCAUCUACAUUAAUUGUUCCUUUGUUGAGUAAUGUGAGUCCAGUGCAGCUGAGGAUCAAGUGGAGUGAUAAUGCCCCCUCCUGGAUACAGAAUGCCAGAAAGGCUGGUUUAAGGCUAUGCAUUAAGGAGAAUCAAGAGGCAAGAAAAUGAGCUACAGAAAAAGAGUAUGUGAAGAUGUGGAAGCAGCAGGGAAGAGACACAAAGGAAACAGAGAUGUUGGGACUCCACUUAUGGGACAUCACUAUGGUCUGAAAAAUCAGGGAGCCACAUGCUAUCUCAACAGUAUGCUGCAAAUUCUCUUCAUGACACCUGAGAUCCAUGACAGGUUGGAUCCAAAAGCAACGGUCAUAGAUCAAGAGCUGAGAACCCUCUUUGUGAAACUGAAGAAAACAACAUGUGGAACAGAAAACAUUACCAAGAGUUUGGAGAUUACAAACGUUCGUCAACAACGUGAUGCUGCUCAGUGUCUGGAGAAGAUUUUACACAAAGUCAGCUCAAAUGUCUCCCAGGUUUUUAAAGGACAACAGAAAUACACAACAACAUGCUCUAAAGGCCACAUCAUCAUCGAAGAGAUAAAUCCGUUCCUGAUUCUCCCGCUGUCUCUGGAAGAUGCCAACGAUACAAGCUACAGUGUGGAAAAUGGCUUUGGAAAGAUUCUCCUGGAAAAAACAGACAACGAGGUGUACUGUAACAAAUGUGAAGAGAAAACAGAGGCCACGAGUGAAUGUCAGAUGUUAGAAUUUCCUCAUAUUCUGAUUUUACUCCUCAAGAGAUUUGACCUGGAUUACAGCACCAUGAAAUAUUUCAAAUCUGACUGCUGUGUGGAGGUGCCACGAACAUUGCAGAGAAAGAAUAAGGCAUACGAACUGUACGGGAUUGUGAAUCACAUGGGUGGACUAACAGGAGGACAUUACACGGCCACCAUACGGUCCAGAGAGGACGAGACCUGGUACGAGUUUGAUGACUCUCAAGUCAGGAAGGUUGACGAAGAACCAUUUUCAAAUGCCGGGACUUACAAUUCAAGGACUGCAUACCUGCUCCUGUACAGAGACAAUGAGAGUUCAGCCAGGGUCCUGAACAAGCCAGCUGUCAUUGCUCUCGUUUGUGGUUGUGUAUUAAUUUCGAUACUGAUCAUUGUUCUGCCAACUGUACUGUAAACUUAUCGCUAUGUAGGUGGAAGGAUUGAUGUCAGCACUGUGGCUGGGUUAAAAAAUGUGAACCAGCAGCUUUCUAUCAGGGUGAUAAUGGAAAUGAAGACAUACUUGGGUCAACAGCUUGCUUCUUUAAUUCUUUAUUUUUAAACACAUUUAUUGGAUGACUGUCGGGGUGAUUAUAGGUCAUAACAUUAAUAGUCAUUUGUAUCUGUAUAAACAUGAAAUAAAAGAUUGACAUUUCCCAUUCAA